GGGUUGUGGGGUCUCAGUGUGAGUCGCAGUCUUGUGGAGAUUGUGCUCCAACACUGCAACCGCCUUACAGAUGUGUCUCCUCUCGCAUCUAUCGAGACGCUGGAAGAGUUGAAUAAGUCUGGAUGUGAAAGAGUGAGGAGUUUGGGUGCCCUUGGCAGGCUGCCUGUCCUGCGUGUGCUUGACUUGGGAUGCACUGCUAUUACAGACAGGGAGUUGCAGAAUCUCAGUGCGAGUCGCAGUCUUGUGAAGAUUGUGCUCUGGAGCUGUAGGCACCUUACAGAUGUGUCUCCUCUCGCAUCUAUCGAGACACUGGAAGUGGUGAAUAUGUCUGGAUGUGAAGAAGUGAGGAGUUUGGGUGCUCUUGGCAGGCUGCCUGUCCUGCGUGUGCUUGACUUGGGAUGCACUGCUAUUACAGACGGGGGGUUGUGGGGUCUCAGUGUGAGUCGCAGUCUUGUG